GCAGCUUCUCCGUUCUCUGUCUGCGUGUGGUCGUCAGUUGCGGAGGUACCACGACCUCGCCAAGUUAAGCUUUGAUGGCUGCCAGAGAUCCCAUGGAUGCAUGGAUGAACCGUUACCGUGCUUUCGCGGAAGGAGUGGUGGUGAUGGUCUGCCCGGUGCUUCUUGCGAUAGCGCUGAAGAAGGUUGACCUGAAGAGCGAAGAGCAUGGUGGUGCCGUCCCGACCACCAUGCUCGUGGUAGCAGCGGUUACUCUAGUCGCCGGUAUUUGCCCCUACCUCGUCUGCUGUCUCUCCAAGAGAUUCUUCAAUAAUAAUGGGAGCUCCUCAGGUUCCCCACACGCUGCUACCAUGUUGCUGGCACCCUUAUCCAGCACAUGUUUAGUGGCACUUGCCUGUUGGAUCGUACAUCUCAUCCUAGACAGCUGGGCGUUCCCUGCGGUCGGCGCCCUCGUCGGACUCUGCUCCGCGAUUCGUACCGUCAUGCACUUCACAACCCGUGCGGGACAAGGAGAUGCUGAAAUGGAGUACUGCGAUAGACUGGAGAGCUCGCUUGAUUUCUUGGUUGGUAUAACUGCGCUUCUGUUUCUGGGACUGGAAGGCCUCGCUCUGGAGGGUCAGAUUAACAGCUCCAGCGGUCGUCUUACCACGCCGAUCGGCACAAGCUUCGUUGUCUGUGUUUUUGCUGCGAGCUUAAUGCUCGUGGAGACGAUGCCUCCACGCAGACUCGUGAGGUAUCUGACAGAGACCAUUGAUAUCCUCACGGGUUUUGCCGUCUCCCUGGCUAUGUUCUUCAUCAUGUAUCCACUCAUGGGACUACGAGCAUUGCUUCUGCUAGCAGCUCCGUUCCUGAUCCUCAUGGCGUAUGUCUUCUACGUCGCUAUCGGCAAGGAUGAUGGCAACAACAACCACCAGGUUGCUAGCGCGAACGGCGAUGAAGAAUCGUCAGGUGUUAGCAGCAGCCGCAGGAGUGGUGCGGCGGCGGACGGUGAUAAUAAACCAGCGUCGCUUGAACUGACAAAAGUAACAUUCGCAGGGUUCCUGGCGGUGUCGAUACCAAGCAUCAGCAAAGGUUCAGUCACCAUUUAUUCCGAAUGUUUCUUGCACCUUGCAGCAGCAGCUGUUGUCUCAGGCCUCGUGUGGAGGCUCCUAACGCAUUACAAAAAGUCACAGACCACCGUCGCAACUGUUGCAGAUAUUGCUUCCUUCUGCACCCAUCUCUGUGUUGCAGUUGCGGUAAUUCCGUUUACGAUAAUGGCCGGGAAUGCACUCUCAUGAUUUUGUAGUACUAGUCUGUCGAGUCCUGCUCUCAUUUUGACUAAUAAACAUUUUUUAUGUUAAGAUGAAUGUGUUUUCUUCUCCUUGUCAUUUUCUAUUACAAUAGGGCAUAAUAUGUGCUCGCUCUGUAGUUCCUUUCCAACUAUGAAAAGCUAUUUGUCAGUAAC